UGAGGCCUGCGGAGCCGCUGCUCCACGGAGCCUUGCUGGAGCCUCGGAGGCCGGCUGAGCCUGGGCGAGCGGGCUCAGGCCCGGCCCGCCGCCCUCACUCCAGACCGAGGCUGCAAACCCGAGGACCAGGCCGGAGCAGCCAUGGAGGAGGCAUCUCCUUAUUCUUUACUUGAUAUCUGUUUGAGUUUCCUGACCACUCACCUGGAGAAGUUCUGCUCAGCGAGACAAGAUGGAACCCUGUGUCUGCAGGAGCCUGGAGUGUUUCCUCAGGAGGUGGCUGACCGGCUGCUUCAGACCAUGGCAGUUCAUGGCCUCCUGAACGACGGAACCGUGGGCAUUUUCAGGGGCAACCAGAUGCGCCUCAAGAGAGCGUGCAUCCGCAAAGCCAAGAUCUCCGCCGUCGCCUUCCGGAAGGCCUUCUGCCACCACAAGCUGGUGGAACUGGACGCCACGGGCGUGAACGCCGACAUCACCAUCACGGACAUCAUCAGCGGGCUGGGCAGCAACAAGUGGAUCCAGCAGAACCUGCAGUGCCUGGUGCUGAACUCGCUCACCCUGUCCCUGGAGGACCCGUACGAGCGCUGCUUCCGCCAGCUGUCGGGCCUCCGCGCGCUCAGCAUCACCAACGUCCUCUUCUACAACGAGGACCUGGCCGAAGUGGCCUCGCUGCCGCGCCUGGAGAGCCUGGACAUCUCCAACACCUCGGUCACCGACAUCACGGCGCUGCUGGCCUGCAAGGAGCGCCUCAAGUCGCUCACCAUGCACCACCUGAAAUGCUUGAAGAUGACCACCACGCAGAUCCUGGACGUGGUGCGCGAACUGCGGCUCCUCAGCCACCUGGACAUCUCGGACGACAAGCAGUUCACGUCCGACAUCGCCCUGCGCCUGCUGGAGCAGCAGGACAUCCUCCCGAACCUCGUGUCCCUCGACGUCUCCGGCCGCAAGCACGUCACCGACAAAGCCGUCGAGGCCUUCAUCCAGCAGCGGCCCAGCAUGCAGUUCGUGGGCCUGCUGGCCACCGACGCCGGCUACUCCGAGUUCCUCACGGGCGAGGGGCAUCUGAAGGUGUCUGGGGAAGCCAACGAGACACAGAUCGCGGAGGCGCUGAAGCGGUACAGCGAGAGGGCGUUCUUCGUUCGAGAAGCUCUGUUUCACCUUUUCAGCCUCACUCACGUGAUGGAGAAGACAAAGCCAGAAAUUUUAAAGCUGGUGGUUACUGGGAUGAGAAACCACCCCAUGAACUUGCCAGUGCAGCUGGCCGCCAGCGCUUGUGUGUUCAACCUCACCAAGCAGGACCUUGCCGCGGGGAUGCCCGUCCGGCUCCUGGCUGACGUCACCCACCUGCUGCUCAAGGCCAUGGAGCACUUUCCAAAUCACCAGCAGUUGCAGAAGAAUUGCCUCCUUUCACUCUGCAGUGACCGGAUCCUUCAAGAUGUUCCAUUUAACAGGUUCGAAGCAGCCAAGCUUGUCAUGCAGUGGCUCUGCAACCACGAAGAUCAAAACAUGCAAAGGAUGGCCGUUGCCAUCAUCUCCAUCCUGGCCGCCAAGCUUUCCACGGAGCAGACAGCACAGCUUGGUGCCGAGCUCUUCAUUGUCAGGCAACUCCUUCAAAUAGUGAAGCAGAAAACCAACCAGAACUCGGUGGACACCACGCUGAAGUUUACCCUGAGCGCCCUCUGGAAUCUCACGGACGAAUCCCCCACGACCUGCAGGCACUUUAUUGAAAACCAAGGGCUGGAGCUCUUCAUGAGGGUGCUCGAGUCUUUCCCCACUGAGUCAUCCAUUCAACAGAAAGUUCUAGGACUUUUGAAUAACAUAGCCGAGGUGCAAGAGCUGCACUCGGAGCUCAUGUGGAAGGACUUUAUAGACCACAUCAGCAGCCUCCUGCACAGCGUGGAGGUGGAGGUCAGCUACUUCGCAGCCGGCAUCAUCGCCCACCUCAUAUCCAGAGGCGAACAAGCGUGGACGCUGAGCCGGAGCCAGAGGAACUCCCUUCUUGAUGACUUGCACUCAGCUAUUUUGAAAUGGCCAACUCCAGAGUGUGAGAUGGUGGCAUACAGGUCCUUCAAUCCGUUUUUCCCACUACUUGGCUGUUUUACAACCCCCGGAGUCCAGCUGUGGGCAGUUUGGGCCAUGCAACAUGUCUGCAGUAAGAAUCCGUCACGGUACUGCAGCAUGCUGAUCGAGGAAGGGGGGCUUCAGCACCUCUACAACAUCAAGGAGCACCAGCAGACCGACCCCCACGUGCAGCAGAUUGCCGUGGCCAUCCUGGACAGUCUAGAAAAACACAUCGUGCGCCAUGGGAGGCCGCCUCCCUGCACAAAGCACGCCCAGGCCAGACUCAACUGAUAGCCACGGGUGAUGGGAUGAGUGAACAGAAAUCUCCUCUGUGGUCGAUUUGUCCGUCCGGGGCUAUCUUAACGUUCUGCGGCGUUUUGU